AGUCCGAAACAUCACAUGUAUUUCUGCACCAACGGAACUGACUUUCUCUCUGUCUCUCUCUCUCUGUUUGUGCGUCCAGACGUGCCAGCGCCGGAGCAGCCGGAGCUGUUCCUGAAGAAGCUGCAGCAGUGCUGUACUGUCUUUGACUUCAUGGACACGCUGUCAGACCUCAAGAUGAAGGAGUACAAGCGCUCCACGCUCAACGAGCUGGUGGACUACGUGACGGUCAGCCGGGGCUACCUGACUGAGCAGGCCUACCCUGAGGUCGUGAAAAUGGUGUCUCACAACAUAUUCCGGACCCUUCCGCCCAGCGACAGUAACGAGUUUGACCCAGAGGAAGACGAGCCCACGCUCGAGGCCUCCUGGCCACACUUACAGUUGGUAUACGAGUUCUUCAUCCGGUUCUUGGAGAGUCAGGAGUUCCAGCCCAGCAUUGCCAAAAAGUACAUAGACCAGAAGUUUGUCCUACAGCUCUUGGAGUUGUUUGACAGCGAGGAUCCUCGGGAGAGAGACUACCUGAAGACAGUCUUGCAUAGAAUCUACGGCAAAUUCCUGGGUCUGAGGGCUUUUAUACGAAAACAGAUCAAUAAUAUUUUUCUACGUUUUGUUUAUGAGACGGAGCACUUCAACGUGGCUGAGUUGCUGGAGAUCCUGGGGAGUAUAAUCAAUGGUUUCGCUCUGCCGCUGAAAGCGGAGCAUAAACAGUUUCUGGUCAAAGUGUUGAUCCCCCUCCACACUGUCAGGAGUCUCCUCUUCCACGCACAGUUGGCGUAUUGCAUUGUACAGUUCCUAGAGAAAGACCCAACAUUAACGGAACCAGUCAUCAGAGGCUUACUGAAGUUUUGGCCAAAAACCUGCAGUCAAAAAGAGGUAAUGUUUCUAGGCGAGCUGGAGGAGAUCCUGGACGUCAUCGAACCAACACAGUUUGUCAAGAUCCAGGAGCCGCUCUUCAAACAGAUCUCCAGAUGUGUCUCCAGCCCGCAUUUCCAGGUUGCAGAGCGAGCUCUGUACUACUGGAACAACGAGUACAUCAUGAGUCUGAUCGAGGAGAACUCCAGCGUCAUCCUGCCCAUCAUGUUCGCCAGCCUCUACAGGAUCUCCAAAGAGCACUGGAACCCGGCCAUCGUGGCGCUGGUGUACAACGUACUGAAGGCCUUCAUGGAGAUGAACAGUACCUUAUUUGAUGAACUCACAGCCACUUACAAGUCAGACCGCCAGCG